GAGGCGGCCGAGGCAGGCCAUUGGCUGGCGGGGGGAGUGAUGUCACCCAUAUGAAACCCUGAUAACUAGUUCGGAGGAGAACCUGCAACUUUUGCAGAAGGGGCAGCGCGAGGCGGCGGAGCUCGGGCCGGCUGCUGCGCGGGGGGAGGGACGAGCGGAGCGGGAGCAGCGGGCGGGACGCGGGGCUCGUUGGGCCGGCGGGGGCGCGGGGAGAGGCUCGGAGGGAACAAAGGGAAGGAGCAGCGGCGCCCGCAAGACCCCCCGCCCCCCGCCCCGCCAUGGUGCAGCAAGCGGAGAGUCCCGAGGCGGAGAGCAACCUGCCCCGGGAGGCGAUGGACACCGAAGAGGGCGAGUUCAUGGCUUGCAGCCCGGUCGCCUUGGACGAGAGCGACCCGGACUGGUGCAAAACGGCCUCGGGGCACAUUAAGCGGCCCAUGAACGCGUUUAUGGUGUGGUCGAAAAUCGAGAGGAGAAAAAUCAUGGAGCAGUCGCCGGACAUGCACAACGCGGAGAUCUCCAAGCGCCUGGGUAAGCGGUGGAAAAUGCUGAAGGACAGCGAGAAGAUCCCGUUCAUCCGGGAGGCGGAGCGGCUGCGGCUCAAGCACAUGGCCGAUUACCCCGACUACAAAUACAGGCCCAGGAAAAAGCCCAAAAUGGACCCGUCCUCCAAGCCCAGCGCCGGCCAGAGCCCGGAGAAAAACGCGCCCCCCAGCAGCGGCGGCGGCGGCGGCGGCAGCAAGAGCGCCAAGAGCUCCGGCAAGAAAUGCAGCAAGCUCAAGCCCCCGCCGGCCUCGGCCUCGGCCUCGGCCUCGCCCCCCAAGGCCGGCGCCAAAGCCGCCCCGCACGGCGACUACGCGGGGGAAGACUACGUCUUCGGCGGCCUCAAGGUGAGCGGCAAGGCGGUCAAGUGCGUCUUCCUGGACGAGGAGGACGAGGAGGACGAGGACGACGACGAGCUGCAGCUGCGGAUCAAGCAGGAGGCGGACGAGGAGGACGAGGAGGACGAGCAGCAGCAGCAGCAGCAGCUGCGGCGGUACAACGUGGCCAAAGUGCCGGCCAGCCCCACCUUGAGCUCCUCGGCCGAGUCCCCCGAGGGGGCGAGCCUGUACGAGGAGGUGCGGGGCGGCGCCGCGCACGGCAGCGGCAGCGGCAGCGGCAGCAACAGACUGUACUACAGCUUCAAGAACAUCACCAAGCAGAGCCCCCCGGCGCAGCCGCCGCAGCCGCCCAGCCUGUCGCCGGCCUCCUCCCGCUCCAUCUCCACCUCGUCCUCCGGCAGCGAGGAGGCGGACGACCUCCUCUUCGACCUCAGCUUGAAUUUCUCCCAGCACCCGCACGCCGGCGCGGAGCUGGGGGCGGGCUCCGCCGCGGGCAACCUCUCCCUGUCCCUGGUGGACAAGGAUUUGGAUUCGUUCAGCGAGGGCAGCCUGGGCUCGCACUUCGAGUUCCCCGAUUACUGCACCCCGGAGCUGAGCGAGAUGAUCGCGGGGGACUGGCUGGAGGCGAACUUUUCCGACCUGGUCUUCACCUACUGAGCGGCGGGGAAGGCGUGGCGCUGCUGGGAGCCGCCGGGCAGAGGCCGGAGAGAUGAUGCUGGUGCUGAUGCGAUGAAAUGGGGAGGCGGGGGGAUGAGAUCCUGAAAAAGAAAACAAAAAAAGGCUCGUUUUUUCUUUCGCAAAAACAAUAAAAAAAGAAGAAAAGAAAAGUGUCUCGAAGUUCGUUCCAAACCGAGCCCGGAGUUGUGAUUUUUUUUUUUUUUUUAAUCAUUAUUUUUAUUUUUAUGUUUCCUUGCAUUUGGUGAUCACAACAACAACAAAGGCAAAUGGGACUGGGGGAAAAUGCUACAGAAGGCGCUGUUUGAAGCUGGUCGGUCUGUGAUUGAAGUCUGGAAGAUGGUCUGCGAAGAAGUCUUGUGGCAGCACAACUGUUACUCAAGGGGGUUUGUGGAUUUUUUUUUUUUUUUCCUUUUUCCGUGAGACAGAGAGAGCUUCAAGAACUGUUCCGGUGUUCUGCUUUUUUUUAAUUAUUAUUAUCUGAAAGGGACCAUUGCAACUUUUUUUGGAGGGAGAAAACUGAUGUCUUCUAUGCAUCCGAUUCUUAACAAAGCUGCAGGGAGCUUGAAAAAAUGCAGACUGUACAAACGCUUACAAAAAAACAAAAAAACAAAAACACUGAACUGACUUAAGAUCAGAGUUUACUUUUCAGAUCAAAUUGUUUAUGGUUUUACAAAUGUGAUUUCUACUUGCCAACUUUUUUUUUGUAACUUGUUCCCUUAUACCUCCUUGAUUGAAUACCAGACAGCCUAGACCUCAGUACAAAAAGGUAUUGAAACAUUUUUGAUACAUAACAGACCUCAGUCUUUUUUAAAAAUUAAUAUAUUUUCAGGCGUAUUUUUGUACAGUGAAAAGGGAACAUUCUUGCUGUGUUUUUUCAGUAAGACUUUUCAGGCACUUCUUCCCUUUUAUUUUUUCUUUUUAUUUUUUUUCCUCUGUUUUUAGCAUGCAAGUUUGUUGGUACGUUACGUCCUGGUUUUAAAAGGAUUAAAAUUAAAAGAAAAAUAAUCCUUGCAUCUAAAGGCCUUGUGGUUUUAACAAGAAAUAAGAAACAAAACACUUUUUUUUCCUUUUUGUACAGCGAUAGUUCAGAUUUGUUCAAUAUUUGUAGGUAAAGAUUUAUUGAAAAUGGUGAUAUAGACCUCAGAGCUGUUAUCUUAGUUUAAAAGAUUGUAUAUGUACUGUACUAUAGUAGGACUUUAUGUAUCUCAUACGCUGUGAUAUGUGGAUGGGGCCCCAGAUGGAAGGUAUGAAACUGGAUUCUCGAUUUUAGCAAAAAAAAAACAAAAAAAAAGGAAAAAAAAG